AUGUCGAUCCUAGAUGGCAGCGUCGAGACGACGAAGGCUGAGCCUGGGUUCUUCAGUAUCCAGGACAGCGAUCUUACUUCACUCAAGGACAAGGUUGUCCUGAUUACUGGGGGCUCUUCUGGCAUCGGUUUGGCCGCUGUGAAAAUAUGCGUUAGCCUUAGAGCAAAGGUCGUUGUGGGCGAUGUCAACGAGUGCCCUGAGAAGUCGGACGCCGUGACGUUCCAGAAGGUGGACGUGACGGACUGGAAGCAGCAGUCGGCAUUGUUCAAAAAAGCCAUUGAGGUGCAUGGGGCAGUGGAUCAUUGCUUUGCAAAUGCAGGCAUCGGUCCCACGGACACCUUCACAAAAGACACCUUCGACUCCGCCGGCGAGCUCGAACCGCCCAACAUGAAAACCAUGGAGAUCAACCUGAACGGUCCGAUCUUCACCUCUAAACUCGCAUUGCAUUACCUCCGCAAGAACCCGGAAGGCGGAAGUCUAGUCAUCACCGCGUCCGCCUCCAGCUUCACGCCCUUCGUUGCCACCGACUACGGUGUCGCUAAGCAUGGUGCGCUGGGUCUGAUGCGGAAUCUCGACGCCAACUUGAAGGACAGCAACAUCCGUGUGAACUGCAUCACGCCACUCUGGACCGCUUCCGGCCUCGUGCCGGCGGAGAUGAUGAAGGAGCAUCUUGGCAUUAUCUCCCAGCCCCCGGAGGCCGCGGCGAGAAGUGCGUUGCUGUUGAUGGCGGACGGAGAGCGGAGGGGCCAGACGAUGUUCUCGAAGCGAAGCAUGUUCAAAGAGAUCGACAGUAUUGCUAUGAAGGCGAUGGUAGAGGCCGUUGCUCCUGGUCCCGGUGAUGUGCCGGCUGAUGAGGCGAAGGGGAAGGCGUUCAACGAGAUGUUCAGUAAAGGUUCAUGA